CUAAGGAGCAUGCAUUCAGAAGACCCCCCGCCUCCUCCCCAAAAGAAGGCAAAGGGGAAUAAGCGCAAGCAAGUGGUUGAUAUGGAGAGUACAGGUACUAAUAAACGACCACGUAUGGAUUGUCCAUCCCCAAUCCCUGAGGAGUCCAUCUCCCCACCAACUGCAUCAACUUUCCCGAUCCCCGAACAGUCGACCCCGCAGCUCUUACCUCUGGUGCCAUCUAAUGCACUAGUCGCCUUUACACCGAUAGGAACUUCGAUAUCCAGGCCUCUGCCCAUCGAUACACCAAUCAAGAUUGGACUGCCGGGCAUCUUUGACAUUGACGAGCUACCAUCGACGACAGGUUUUGAAGAGAUUUUACAGGAAAUAGUGCUCGAGAACUCGAGAUCAUCAGAU